AUGGGAAACAUGAGCCCAAACAUGAGCUUCUCCUACACAGAGUUCCUUCUCCUCGGAUUUCCAGAGAUCUACGAGUUCAGACACCUACUUGUUAUCCCAUUCCUUCUUAUAUAUAUAGUGACCCUGCUCGGAAACAGUCUUGUAUCCUAUGCUAUUUGGGUGGAUAAGACUCUACACUCUCCGAUGUAUGUACUCAUUUCGACUCUUUUGGUUGGUAAUAUAUCAUACACCACCACGGUUAUGCCAAAGUUCCUUCUGAGUAUAGCAUUUCAGCUGAACCAGAUAACUCUGUCUGGCUGUCUGAAUCAGAUGUUCUUUAUUUAUGCUGUAGGCAUCUGUGAAUCUAAUAUACUUUUACUAAUGGCAUUGGAUAGGUACGUGGCCAUAUGUAAACCACUACGCUACCACAACAUUGUAACUAAUCGACUUUUAGUCCAACUGUUCAUCAUUGGCUUGUUUCGUAGCACUUUUCUAGGCUUACUUAUAGUAUUUUUUGCCUCAACCAUAGAGUUCUGUAGAUCAAACAUAAUCCUGAACUUUUCAUGUGAGAACAUGAGUGUACUUAGUCUUGGAUGUGGAGAUAUCUCCAAAAUUCAACUUGUAGGGUUGGUGGUGAGGAUAAUCAUCGUAUUCCCUGAUGGAAGUCUUGUCCUGGUCUCCUACCUGAGUAUUCUCUAUACGCUGAUGAAAUCCAAUGUGGGUCAAUCUUGGGGCAAGGCAUGGAAGACGUGCAGUACUCAUUUAAUCGUGACCAUGCUUACCCACUCCUGCGGCCUAGUAUCUUCAAUAAUUUAUAGAGUCAACAAUUCACUAUCACUCAAUGGUCAGAAUCUAGUCAGCCUGGUGAACUUCCUGAUCCCGGCUACAAUGGACCCAGUUAUAUAUGGAUUUAGAAUGACAGAGAUCAAGAGAAGUCUUACAGAAAGAGUGCAAAAGAUGCAUUUAUGCAGAACAGAAAGACAAUAA